CAUUAUUAUUUACAGUUACUUCCAAUUUUUGCAGUCUGUGUGAAGGGAAGAACUUAACCUGUGUAGCCUGUGAGCCCGUGGAGAGCACCCUAACACUGACAACACCUAUUCCAGAGGAGGAUAUUGAGCGACCAGCCAGUGAAUACUCCUGCAGCAAAAUGAUGGACUUGGCCUUCCUGAUUGAUGGCUCCAACAAACUGUCAGAGGAGGACUUUGAACACCUCAAGUCUUUCGUAAUUGGGGUGAUGAAGAAACUCCACAUCUCCCAGAAGAAAAUCCGAGUGUCGGUUCUGGUGUACAGGGGUGGUCCCACAAUCUAUCUCGGCCUUAAGGACAUCAAAACAAACUCCCAGAUGAGAAAAAUUGUCCAAGGCAUAAAAUACACAGGUGAUAAAGAAGCCUCUGCCUCUGAAGUCCUCAAAUACAUCGUGUUCCACGUGUUUGGGAAAGCAGAGAGGACCAAUGCUGCCAGGAUUGCAGUGCUGUUCAUAGCAAGCAAAUCUUCGGGAAAGGUCCGUGGCAUCCUCCAGGUGCUGAAGAACAGGGAUAUCGCAGUAAUUCCCGUGGGGAUCGGGCCCCACAUCAACGUGGAGCAGGUCAAGUUCAUUGAAAAGCAGUCACCACUUAACAGAUCCUACCGAGUGAGCAACGUUUUAGAGCUGAUGGACAGGGAAGAUGAUCUCAUCGACGGCCUGUGCGAGCUGGGACCCGAGGAAAGUUCUCUGUUGCCGGCGACGUCCGCCCCGGUGACGUCCCGUGUCCUGCUUCCCCCUUCGGGACCCACAGCCACACCACCCUCUUCAGCAGAGCCCCCUCCCCGAAAGCUGGACGUUGCUUUUGUUGUGGAAGGCUCUGACAACGUGGGGGAGGAGAAUUUCGGUAAAGUCAAGCAGUUCCUCGAGAAGGUGGUCACAGGGAUGAACGUGGGAUGGGACGAUAUUCACGUUACCAUCAUGCAGUACUCAGAGACUGUCACUCUGGAGUAUUCCUUUAGGGAAAUGCAGUCCAAGGAAAGCAUUAUUGAGAAGGUGAGGGGCAUACCCUACCAAGGGGGGAAGGCUACCAACACUGGGAAUGCCCUGGAUUACGUUUCCAAACACACAUUUACAACGGUGAACGGGGGCAGGCAAGACGUUCCUCGCUUGGUGUAUAUGGUGUCAUCUAGCCCUUCCACUGAUGUUAUCACACGACCCCCCAGGAGCAUAAAUGUCAUUCCCAUAGGCAUAACCCCUGGUGCAGAUAUCCAAGAGCUCAGGAGGAUCAGCCAGCCCAAUAACCCAAUUAUCUUGAAUAGUUAUGACAGACUUAUUGAAGAAGCGCCUGAAUUAGUGCUGCAGUCAUGCUGCUCUCACAGACAUUGGACCGAAAUUACAGAGCUUUGCAACAAACCUAUGGAUGUCCUUUUCCUUCUGGAUGGAAGUUCCAAUGUUGGAGCAGCAGAGUUCGAGGAAAUGAAAAGCUUUGUGCGGGCAUUUAUUGAAAGCGUCGUGAUCGGUGAUACUUCAGUUCACGUGUCAGUCCUGCAAUAUGCCAGGGAAAAUAAUCUAGAAAUCUCGUGGAAUGUGCCUCAGGAGACUGAGAGGCUUGUAGACAUGGUGCAGUCCAUUCAACAAAGGGAGCAAGGUCCUACCAGACUAGGAAAUGCCAUUGAUUUUGUGGUCCAGAAUGCCAUGUCGGAGUCCCACGGGGGCAGAGCCGGCGCAUCGAAGGUCGCCGUAGUCAUCGUGUCGGGGAGGUCAGAGGACUCUGUGGAGGCUGCUGCUCUUUCUGCAAGGCUCAACAGGGUAUCCCUCUUUCCAAUUGGUGUUGGCAACAGUUAUGAUGAAGAGCAGCUAAGGACUUUGGCUGGGCCAUCUGCUGCCACCAGAAUCAUGAAGCUCCAGAAUUUUGAAGAUCUAUCCACUAUGAUCACACUGAGUAGUGAAUUUAUCAAAAAAGUGUGCAUGGACCCUGUCAGAGAAUGCCUGGAUGAGGAUGGAAACAAAAAGAAACCUGGGGAUAAAUGGACAUUACCAGACCAGUGCCACACCGUGACGUGCUUUCCAGGAGAUUACACGGUCCUGGAGAGCCACCACAUCAACUGUGAGAGGAUGGCCAAGCCGGUGUGUCACAGCAACCUCCCCGCGGUGAAGGUGGACGAAACGUGCGGCUGCCGCUGGAUGUGUCCCUGUGUCUGCAUGGGCAGUUCUUCUCGACACAUUGUCACCUUCGAUGGGCUGAACUUUAAGCUGGCUGGCAAUUGCUCCUACACCUUGUUCCAGGACAUGCAGCACGAUGUUGAAGUUCUCCUCCACGAGGGACCCUGCAGAGCAGCACCGAAGAUGAACUGCAUGGAGUCCAUCGAAGUGAAGCACCGUGGUGCAGCUGUUCAGCUCUUCAGCAACAUGGCAGUGACUGUAAAUGGUGAAAGGGUUCGUAUCCCCUACUCUAACUCCUUGUUUGGAGUCACUGUCUAUGGAGCAGUAAUGCAUGAAAUCCAGUUCUUCCAUCUUGGACAUAAUCUCACAUUUACUCCAAUAAACAACGAAUUUCUUCUUAAACUUAACUCAAAGAGCUUUUCUUCAGGAACAAAAGGCCUUUGUGGGGUGUGUGACCAGAACCACAUCAACGACUUCACGCUGCGCAACGGCUCCGUCACCCCUGACAGCAGCGCGUUCAUCCAGGACUGGACAGUGGAAGAGCCGGGGAAGGUCUGUGAGAUCCGCAGGGAGGACAAGUGCUCCGAGCACGCCACGAGCCACUGCCACCUCCUGCUCUCCGACCAGUUUGCCGAGUGCCACGGCGUCAUCUCCCCCAACACGUUCUACGAGGCCUGCAUGGAGAGCAGCUGCUACGAGGACGAGGCCUGUGAGAUGAUCACCUCCUACGCUCACCUCUGCGGGGAGCACGGCGUCUGCGUGCGCUGGAGGGCACCCCACAUCUGCCCCAUGAAAUGUGCCCCGCAUCUGACGUACGAUCACUGCCACAGAGCCUGCGUGAAGAGCUGUGAGAACAGCACCACAGCCAGUGUCUGCAAGGAUCAUCCCACAGAGGGCUGCUUCUGUCCAGAGGGACAGGUGAUUUUUGGUGACAGCUGUGUCAGCGAAGAGGUCUGCACGCAGUGUGUCGCUGAAGAUGGCACGCGCCACCAGCACCUGGAAACGUGGAUUCCUGCCGAUGAGCCCUGCAUGAUCUGCACGUGCCUUGAUAACCAGAAAAUAAACUGCACGGUCCGACCUUGCCCAACUCUCAAACCUGCUCAAUGUGGUCCAUGUGAAAUCCCUCACCUGCGCUGGGGCCCUGGCCAGUGCUGCCCUGAGUACGAGUGUGUCUGUGAUCUGGUUUCCUGUCAUUUGCCUCCUGCCCCUGUCUGUGAGUUUGGCCAGCAGAUUGCUCUGACCAACCCCGGAGAGUGCAGACCAAAUUACACAUGUGCCUGCAACAGGGAAGCGUGCAGCUCGAUUCCCAAACCCUCCUGCCCACCCCAUCGGGAGCUGACUGUCACCAGGACCGAGUGCUGUGACAAAUACGAGUGCACCUGCAGCUGUAGGAACUCGACAGUGAGCUGCCCCCUGGGAUAUCUCUCCAGCUCUCUCACCAAUGACUGUGGCUGUGUCUCCACCACCUGCGUUCCAGACAGGGUAUGUGUGCACAACAACAUAAUCUACUCUGUUGGGACGACCUGGGAAGAUGGUUGCAGGGAAUGCUCUUGCACUGGUGUGAGGGAUGAUGUUACGGGACUUCAGAUGACGGAAUGUCGUGACAAAGCGUGCAACACGUUCUGCUCUCGGGGCUACAAGUACGUUGUCCCGGAGGGGGAGUGCUGUGGGAGGUGCCAGAAGGUGGCCUGUGAGGAGCCGCGCUUUCGGCCCCGGGGUGAUGCUGACCCUCCUUUGUAUCAGGUCGGCUCAGAGUGGCGAUCCCCCUUCGACCGCUGCGUUAUCAACUCCUGUGUCCAGGUGAACAACGAGGUUUUUGUGCAGGAAAAGAACGUUUCUUGUGCUCAGAUGGAUGUGCCUGCCUGCCCAGAGGGGACUGAGCUGCAGUGCAACCAAAUAAUAGACUGCUGUCCUUCCUGCAGAUGUGUCCCCCUGAAUGGUUGUCCUUUGAAUGGCACCGUAAUUGGGGCCGGGAGGCGCCUGAUGGUGGAUCAGUGCACCACGUGCGACUGCUCCUUCCAGCCAAUGCCUCGGAAAUACACUCUGAGAUGUACAAAAGUGAGCUGCCCACCGUGCCCAGCGAAUUACAGAAGGCAGGACAUCCCUGGCUCUUGCUGUGGAAAAUGUGUGCCAACUUCCUGUACCAUCAGGCUGAGAGAUGGAAGGAUUCAGUAUCUUCAGCCAAAUGAAACCCUCCAGGAUGGCUGUGACAGCCACUCCUGCAGAGUCAACGAGAAAGGGGAGUUCGUCUGGGAGAGGAGAAUCACGACCUGUCCUCCAUUUGAUUCCAGGAGAUGCUUGGCUGAAGGAGGCAGAAUUGCAAAAAUUGGCACCACCUGCUGUGACACAUGUGUGGAAGUGGAGUGUCGGCCAGUAAGUACCAGGGUGCAGUACGGGAACAUCAACGGAUGUGUGGCUGAAAGGGAAGUGCCCAUUUCUCACUGUGAGGGCAAGUGCAGAAGCAACACCAGGUACUCUCUGGAGACAGAGAAGUGGGAAGACCUGUGCAGCUGCUGCAAGGCCACUCAAACCACCCUGGUCACCAUCCCGUUCCGAUGUGCCAACGGGACCGUGGUGCAGCACUACAUCCCCUCUGCCUCCCAGUGCGAAUGCUACUCUAAGAAGUGUACAGAAUGAGCCCUUCCCAGAAGCCCAGCUGUUUAAUCUGAAGUUUUAUCCUGAAGGAACUUCACGAUGCAAGCCUCGUUUUCUCUGUAGACUGUCUUAUCCUGUAGAAUCCUGACUAACUGAUUGUAUCAACACAGCAAACAAUAAAAACUUACUAGCACGACA